AUGGUCGUGAGCGACUACAGUAACUACGAUGACCGCGAAGAGUGGCUCGACCCAGAUAUAGUCUUGAGGAUAUCUGAACAGCUAGUGGAUGCCGUCACAUUUCUACACGAAGCUGGCUAUGCGCAUGGAGAUAUUAGCAGUAGAAACAUUGUCUUUACAUGUAAUCAUUUGUCUCAGGCGUCCAAGGAAGACCUCUUCAAUAUCCUUGGACCACCAGAAUCAGAGAAUCUAACUCGGCUUGAUGGCGAGCCGUCAGGAGAUAGCCUACCUAAGCAGCUAGUGAAGACAGUAGGUUGGGAUAAUUGGACCGAAGAAGAUGAGGAAGAUCUUCGUAUCAUUGACUUCGGAGAGGCUUUCCUUCAAGGGGGCAGAGCCGAAAAGGCUUGCCCAGCCUGGCACUUUGCGAAAGCCGGAAACAAUCUUUAA